ACCCAUGCAAAGGCGCUUAUAUAUAAUAUAAUAUAAAUUGCAGCUUCAUCUUUUCCCUUACAUACAGGAACUUUAAUGAAUGAUCUAUCUUCAACAAAACCGAACAUUAUGUAUUGCUGCAUGUUAUUUCAUCUUUGAAUAUUUCUGAAAAUGCCCUUCUUCACAUUCUCCUAAUUGGGCAGGAGAGAAUUGUUGUUUAGAAUGAUUUUGUGUUACAGGAUUGCAUAAGCUGAGUGAAAUGGAAACCUUGGCAGCUUCUGAUCACACUUCUGUUGUGUCCAUCAAUAUUUUUGUAGCUCUUCUUUGUGCAUGUAUUGUACUUGGUCAUCUCCUCGAAGAGAAUCGAUGGAUGAACGAGUCCAUCACAGCCCUUUUCAUUGGUCUGUGCACAGGAGCUGUUAUUUUGCUCGUGACUCGUGGAAAGAACUCGCAUCUUCUAGUGUUUAGUGAAGAUCUGUUCUUCAUAUAUCUUCUUCCGCCAAUCAUAUUCAAUGCCGGGUUUCAGGUUAAGAAGAAGCAAUUCUUUCGAAAUUUCAUUACUAUUAUGAUGUUUGGCGCUAUUGGUACCCUGGUUUCAUGUUCUAUUAUUUCAUUUGGUGUUUCAAAACUUUUUAAGAAACUGGGUGUUGAUUCUCAGGACAUUGGGGACUAUCUGGCCAUUGGAGCAAUAUUUGCUGCAACAGAUUCCGUUUGCACACUGCAGGUGCUUAAUCAGGAUGAGACUCCGUUGCUAUACAGUCUGGUAUUUGGCGAGGGUGUCGUGAAUGAUGCUACAUCAGUGGUGCUUUUUAAUGCUAUUCAGGGCUUUGACAUCUCAAGUUUUGAUUACAGUAUUGGCCUGCAUUUCAUCGGCAAUUUCAUCCAUCUGUUCCUCACAAGCACUUUGUUGGGGGUUUUCACCGGACUUCUGAGUGCCUUCGUUAUUAAAAAGCUAUAUUUCGGAAGGCACUCUACAGAUCGUGAAGUAGCCCUGAUGAUCCUCAUGGCUUACCUUUCUUAUGUGCUGGCAGAACUGUUCUAUCUGAGUGGUAUUCUCACUGUAUUUUUCUGCGGGAUUGUAAUGUCUCACUACACCUGGCACAAUGUAACGGAGAGUUCAAGGAUCACAACCAAACAUGCUUUUGCAACAUUGUCAUUCAUUGCUGAGCUCUUCAUCUUCCUUUACGUUGGUAUGGAUGCCUUGGAUAUUGAGAAAUGGAGGUUCGUGAAUGAUAGCCCUGGAACAUCAGUCGCUGUGAGCUCUAUACUUCUGUGCUUAAUCUUGAUUGGAAGAGCAGCAUUCGUGUUUCCUCUUUCGUUCUUGUCAAAUCUGGCCAAGAAAAAUACUAACGAGUACAUAACGUUCAGGGAGCAAAUCAUUAUAUGGUGGGCAGGUCUCAUGAGAGGGGCCGUGUCAAUGGCUCUCGCUUAUAAUAAGUUCACCAGGGCAGGUCACACACAAAAGAAAGAGAACGCGCUAAUGAUCACCAGCACCAUAACUGUCGUUCUGUUUAGUACAGCGGUGUUUGGUUUGAUGUCACAACCUCUUAUACGGUGCCUGCUACCGCCAGGUAAAGUGUCAGCAAGUGUUGCAUCAUCCGAGAACAGUAGUCCCAAGGAUUCAAUCACUGUUCCAUUACUCGGCCACCGGGUGGAUGAUUCUGAAAAUCCUCGACCCACCAGCCUGCGCUUGCUCUUGACCACUCCCACACACACUGUGCAUCGCUACUGGCGUAAGUUUGAUGAUGCCUUUAUGCGUCCUGUUUUUGGUGGCCGGGGGUUCGUUCCCUACGUUCCUGGUUCUCCUAUUGAACGGAGUACUCCAGCACUGUAACAGGGAAAUUUGUACGUGCAAAGAAUCCAUCGAUAAAAACGAGUUACAGAGAGCUGACUUGUGGUUGUAGCAUCUACCGUAUGAUCUGAAAAUUGUUGUGAACGUCGGUUAAUAUUGAAAGCUGAUGAUACUUUUAUGUAAGAUCGGAAAGAUCUACAGAGAGGAGAGAGAUUCAUGAUUUAGUCACCCAAGUUGUGUAAUAUACAGAAUUCGGAGUAAAUAUAUUUAAAUAUUAUAUACUCUUAUAGUACUGUGAUCUCUAUUC